CGGGACCAUGAAUACUUAAUAAAAUGGAAAGGCUGGCCGCUGCAAGACUGUUCGUGGGAGCCGUCAGAAAACCUAACUGAGGCCUUAAUUAGGUAAGAAUACAUGUUAAAGUUAUUUGUUUUUUAUUAUCAGCAACAUAAACAUUAAUUUUAAUAAAUCUUUGCCAGCAUUCUUUUAUUAUUCAAUAUUAGGGAAAUCUGCAUUUAGAGAUUUAACUUGUAAAAGCUUUACAUGAAGUUUUAGAAGCACAAAAAGGUUAUUAUUUUUAUUUUUUUAUUUAUUUAAUUUCUUAGGAGCUAUGAAAAACCAUUCAAGCCAAGUGAAGAGAGACUGCAAGAAGCAGCUCACAACUUUUCAACGGCAAUCCUCUCAGCAUUUAAGAGUUCUUCGGUGUCUCCAUUUUAUGUGCACAUGCAUCUGGAUGUGUGGAGGUUCCUUUCUUACAAGAAAGGGACAGCUUCACAACAUAGAGGACAUGUUUUGUAUUGUAAAAAUGACUUUGUUAGAUUUACUACAUUGCCGAUGUACUGGUGGUACUAUUAAGACAUGCAUGGAGAAGGGAAAGCAGUGGAUUUUCCACUGAAGAUUAAGCCUGUCCUGACGUGGUCCCCUGCUCACCACUACAGGAAAGGAGGCAAGCUUGUCCAGGCCUCUCCAUUCCCGAUGGAGAAGUUAUGUAUCACACUGAUCAAGCGGGCAUGUGACAUUGACAACCUUGAUGAAGUACAGUGA